CACCUGCUGGAAGUCUGAAGCGAACAAGGAAGUCUGAUCCUCUGGUUUGGAUGUCUGGCUGAACAGCAACAAAAUACAUCUCUGUGCGCUCGUGGACAACUGGUCGCCAGUUGCUGGCCACGUUGACCGGACAAGAUGUUUAAAAAACUGAAGCAGAAGAUAAACGAGGAGCAGUCCCCGCAGCGGAAUGCGCAGUCACCACAGCAGGCCCAGCAUAUGGGCAGUGGAGACCGGCGAGGCAGCCAGACACCCUCAUUUCAUAAUGACGGCGCUCCCUCCCCCAGUGACAGAGAGAUGCUGGCCGGGAUGAUAGCAGAGCCCGCUUUUCUCUCUGAGUAUACUAUCUUUGCUCUGGACCAUUCAAAACGACCCAAAACGGCCCAGGUAGCCAGUGUGAGUUCAUCUAAAGGGCCUGCGAGGUCUCCCAGAGGCAGCAUCAAUGGCGACGGAAGUGCUUCUCCGCAACAGAGAGAGGAGCCGCAGUCAUUUGCCCAGAAACUGCAGCUUAAAGUUCCCUCCAUGGAGUCGUUGAUUCGAGGUGGCGCGAGCCGGGCAGAGAACCUGUUUCGCUCUCCCUCCAGAGAAAGCCUGGUCCGAAGCUCGUCGCGUGACUCCCUGACACCUCUGGGAGAAAACGAGUCCUCCGGCGCCCCGACUUACGAUCCGCCCUCAGAUAUUGAGAGCGAGGCCGAGGAGCCGCCGGGAACCACGGAAUCCCUGUCAAAAGACCAGUUGUUACACCGGCUCCUCAGAGUAGAAGCGAGCCUUGGAAAGUACAGAGGGAAAUACUCAGAGCUUGUUACUGCAUACCGAACAGUGCAACGAGAUAAAGAGAAAACACAGGCUAUCCUCAGUCAGAGUCAGGAUAAAGCGCUCCGCAGGAUAGGAGAACUGCGAGAGGAGCUGCAAAUGGACCAGCAGGCUAAGAAGCAUCUUCAAGAUGAGUUUGAUGCGGCGCUAGAAGAAAAAGACCAGAUGAUCACUGUCCUUCAAACGCAGGUGGCUCUGUUGAAGAAACGAGUCAAAGGGGUGACUGGGGAUUCCACUUCGCCUAAAGGCGAGGUCCUGCAGUCCGACUCGGCUGAAGAUGCUAAUUCUGCCACACAGAGUCCUUCUAAAGAGCAGGGACCUGAGGCUGAGGGCACUGAGGUAGAGGGCAGCAGUGAUCCUACAAAACUGAUGGAGGCUCUGCAGAAGAGAGUGAAGAGGCAGGAAAACCUGCUGCAGAAGUGCAAAGAGGUGAUGCACACGCACAAGGAGAGGAGCACCCAGCUGAGCAGCGAGAACGAGACUCUGCAGCAGCAGCUGCAGGAGAGGCUUCAGGAGCUGGAGAAGAUGAAGGAGCUGCACACGACAGAAAAAACGAAGCUGAUCACUCAGCUGCGUGAUGCCAAGAACCUCAUCGAACAGCUGGAGCAGGACAAGGGAAUGGUGAUUGCUGAGACCAAGCGGCAGAUGCACGAGACGCUAGAAAUGAAGGAAGAGGAGAUUGCACAGUUGCGCUCAAGACUCCAGCAGGCGACUACACAGAAAGAAGAGUUACAGGAACAGAAAGAAAAGGCAGAAAAAUCUGCUUUUGAGGAGCUUGAACGUGCACUGAGUGCAGCUCAGAAGGCGGACGAGGCCCGAAAGCAGCUACAAGUUCAGCUGGAGGCGCAAAUGAAACAAGUGGAGAAGGCCAGUGAGGAGGAGAGGAAGGCUCUGCAGCAGGAACUGACACGAGUCAAGCAGGAAGUUGUCACCAUCAUGAAGAAGUCAUCAGAGGAAAAAGUGGCUCAUAUGGAACAACUGCACAGUGAAGCUCUGUCUGCUAAAGAAGAGGAGAUGAAUGAAAGGAUCAACAAAGCUGUGGAGCAGUGCAAAGAAGAGUUUGCACAGUUAGCAAAGGAGCGAGAGCAGCAGGCCUCUCUGGCCCUGGAGGAUGCAGAUUUACAGAAGACAGCUGUUAUAACUGAAGCUGAUAAUAAGGUCAAAGAGUUACAGCUGGAGCUGGAAACUGCACGAACCAGGAUAUUGGAACUGGAGAGCUUGGUGGAGAAGGUCUCACAAGACGAAUCAAGUGUGUCCCAUGAACUUUCAGGUCAGCUGGAAGAGCUGAGGAAAAAACACAGCGAGCAAAUCUCUACAUUAGAGAAAAAGCAUGAGGAGCAGCUGGAAAAGCACAAGGACUCGCUCACCCAGCAGCAGAAUAACAGUCUUGAGGAGCUCAAGGAAAAACACAAGGCUGAAAUAGAGACACUUCUGAAAGAUAAAGAGCUGCAGUUCCGAGCACAUGUUGAAGAUAUGAACCACAAGACGUUCGAGAAACUGGAAGCGAAGCAGGUGGAGUUUGAGGCGCUUUCCGCUGAAGUCGCCGAAGCGUUGAAGAGUAAACAGCUCCUCGAAACGAAGCUGGUUGCAGCUGAGGAUGCUCACAGACUUGCUCAGCAGGAACAUGAGAAAAGGUUUCAAGAUCAGGCAUCAAAGCACAACGUUGAACUUGAAAACAUCAAAAAAGAGCACGAGCAGUCACUUGGAGGUAUUGAGAAAACCCUCAAGGAGGAGCUGAACGCUAUGAAGAUAGUUCUGAGGGAAAAGGAAAAAGAGAUCGAACAGCUUGUUCUGAAAGAAAAGACACUACAAGAGGAGUCACAGUCGGCGGCACAAGAUCUACAAGCCAAGAUUAAGGAGUUGGAGGAGCUACGGAAAAGCUUUUCACACACCCAGCAACAAAAUAGUAGCUUACAGGAAUCUAAUGCACAGCUAAGCAAGCUCACAGAGGAUCUUGAUCGGUCUAAAAGAGAUCUGACCGAUUUAGAGCAACAGUUGGAAGUAGCAAGAAACGACUGUCUGCAGAAAGUAAAAACUCUUGAAGAAAAAGAGCAACAACUGCAGGAAACCAGGAAGGAGCUCCUCGAGAAGGAGAAAGGUUUUGCUGCUGAGCUGAACAAGAAGCUGGAGGAAGAAACUCGCCUCAAGAAGCAGCUGGACGAUGAAAGGGCUGCUCACGAGAAAAAGCUGAAAAACAUUAAAACUGACACUGAAGCUAAGAUGAAAUCCCAGGAAACAAAAAUGGAAAAAUUAAAGCAGAAAGCCAAAGAAAUGCAAGAGAGCUUCAAGAAAAAGCUUCAGCAAAAUGAAGAAAAAAUGAAGGCGGAGCUGGCAAAGAAGGAGACCGAGCUUCAGCAGAAAGAACAGCAGGUUCAAGAGAAAAUUGUCCAAAUGGCCCAACAGAGUUCGGACGGCCUCAGUAGCGCGGUGUCGGAGCUGCAGGCCAACCAUAAGGGCGAGCUGGAGAACUUACAUGCCGCCCAUGAGCUUGAGAUUGAGAAGCUGAGAUCUGAUUGGCAGGAGAAGUUACAACAGCAAGAGGAAGAGCUAACGGAGAAACACUCGCUCGUAGUGCAGGAGAAGUGUCAGGAACUGGAAGAAGUAUCCCUCCAGCUCAGCCGAAGCAGAGAGGACAACGAGCAGAUGCUGCGUGAAGUGAAGGAUUUGAAGGAGGGCCUGGUGAUGAGAGACACCACUGUGCAGAAGCUGCAAGAGGAGCUUAAUGAAGCCGCGGUGAAUCUGGAAAGCUCGUCUCAGGCUGAAGCGCUGCUGAAAGAGCAAAUGGAAUCGGUGGAGAGGAACCUUAACCAGGCCCUGAACGAGAGGAACGCCCUGCAAGACAAGCUGAGCACGGCCGAAGAGGAGAGCAGAGAGAAGCUGAAGACGUUGUCGGAGAAACUGAACGAAACGGAAAAACAGAUCGAAGCCCUGGAAGGCUCAAGAGUAAAGGAAAGCGAGGAUUUGGAGAGCAAAUUGAAGGAAACUUCCAUUCAGCUACAAGCCAAGGAGGCAGAGUUCCAGCAGCAAUUAGUUGUGAUCUGCAACCAAAUUGAAAACUAUUGUAAGGAGUUUCACUUUAAAUUGGAGUCUGGAUCCAGCGAACUCCAGAAUGGAGUUGAAUUCCGGAUGAACGAGCUGAAAAACAGAUUAUUAUGUAGUCAGAAAAAUUUAGGGCAUCUCAAAAACAUUGUCUGUACAAAAGUAGAUAAAAUUUGCACUUUAGAGGGGAGUCUCAGCCAGCAGGUGGAGGAGAACAAAAAACUAUGCAUUUCGUUAGAAAACGUGACCGCUCAGGUAAACGCUCACAUGGAGCAUAUCCAAGCCUUAACGCACGAGAAGGAGAACCAUUCUCAGUCCGUCAGCGAACAGGUUCAGAAAACAGAGGAGCUGAUGGAAGCAAGCAGAGUCAUGUCGGAAACUCUGAAAGCAAAUGAACUGCAUAUCACCAACUUGGACAGCCUCAUCAGCGACUUGAAGAAUCAGCUGCAAAGUAGCAUAAAAGGGAAGGAAGAAGCCAUAAAUCAGCUGAACCAGCAGCACGAAGGGGAGAGACAGCAGGCUGCCGCUCAAACGAAACAAACCAUUGAGAGAUUAGAGCAGGAGAGAAGGUCCGCUUCGGAGCAGGCGGAAGCACUCAGGAACAGUCUGUCUGAGCAAGAGAACCAGGCAGAGGCGAAGUUCAAGCAGAGUGAAAACACUGUUAUUUCCCUGCAGGCCAGGCUCGAGGAGCUGGAAAGGGAACUCUCUGAAAAGAAUGAAGCUUUGCAACGGUUAACCACGAGCAUCGACAAUCAGUCCAUCAGCAAGUCUGAGAUGGACCAGGUGUUGAGUGAGAAGGAGCAGAGAGUCAGCGGACUCACCUCAGAGCUCGAGAGCUGCCUGGGUCGACUGGGCGAGCUCCAGGAGCAGCUAGCCUUAAAGACAGGAGAGUGUGAGCAGCUCGCAUCCGACCUCAAACAGCAGCACAACAUCAGGGAGGGCGAGAAGAAGGAGCUGCUGGAGCAGCUGCAGCAGACCCAGAUGCAGUGCACUCAGAACGGCAAUCUGGAGCAAGAAAUGGUGGAAAAACUGCACUCCCUGGAGGAGGACAACCGGCAGUGUAAAAACAAGCUGGAGAGUCAAAGGGAGGAAUUUGAAAAAAUGAAAGAUGAGAUUAUCAGGAGCAAGGAGGAGAGUCUGAAGGAGACUGAAGAGCGACUCUCUGCAGAGAGCGCUCGGAAAGUUUCAGAACUGAAGAAGAAAGCCGAGCAGAAAAUCAGCCAGAUUAAAAAGCAGCUCACAUCACAGCUCGAAGAAAGAGAGCAGGCGAUAAAGACGCUUCAGACGAGCCUGGAGGAAAUAAAGAGCAGUGAAAGUUCUGGCAAACUGCACGUAGAAACAUUGGAGGAGAAAACAAAAUCACUCGAGGGAGAUCUCGUCAGACUUAAGGAAGAGCAGGAGACACAGCGCGAACAGAUCCUGAGUAAUGAGAGACUUGAGAGAGAAAAGGCUUUAGAGGAGCUGAAAAUCAUGUAUGAAGACAAAUUGAUCUCCCUUCAGAGAGACGCAGCGCAGCAAGGAGAGCUGAGAGAACCCGACUCUGCUCUGCGUGAAAUCGAGGCGAAGCUAAGUGAGGCGGAAAAGCAAAAUGAGAACCUGAAUGCAGAAAUAAAUCGCCUUAAAGAAGACAUAAGUGAAAAGAGUGCCCAGCUCGAGCAACAUCAGGCGACUCUCAAACAGGUCCAGAAUCCAUCAGAACCCGAAGAGACGGUGGAGCGUAGCAGUGUGCAGCAAACCAACAGUCUGAUGGAGAAUCACUUCCCCAGUGAAGAUGACGGUGACUCUGUGGACUCUCUCAAGAACAAACUGAGGCAGAUGAAGAGUGACAAAGAGAAAAUCCACAAGGACUUCACCAGGCUCCAGAAAGACAUGCGGUCACUGAGAAAAGAGCACGAACACGACCUUGAGUACACUAAGAAGGAGCUGUUGGAGGAGAACCAGAAGAAGCUGAAGCUGGAGCUGGAAGAUCUGGAAAUGAAGCACAACUCUGCCAUGAAGCAGCUAUUGAGGGAGUUCAACACACAGAUGGCCAUGAAAGAGAGGGAGCUUGAUGCAACGGUGAAGGAAACCAUCGCAAAGGCUCAGACUGUUGAAGAAGAGCUCCUCAGCAACCAUCGUGAAGAAGUCAGUCAGCUGAGGAACGUGAUCUCCCAGAAGGACGAUGAUUUACAUCGAACUGUUAAGAAAUAUGAGGAAGUUUUACAGAGUCGCGAGGAAGAGAUGGGGGACCGAGUGUGGCAAGUUCAGAAACAACUGGAGGAGCUGCAGUCAAGAAGCCAAGGCUCUCCGGAGCUGACCAAAGAAGAGCUACAGACUCAGCUUGCCGAGAAGACGACGUUACUGAGCGAGGCUCGGCUGAAGGAGCAGGGUUUUGUUGAGAGAAUUCACUCGCUUGAGGACAAGAUUAAAUGCUUCCACCGAAACACUGUUGUAACUCAUCUCGGGAGCACGUACAAAGAUUCGGGGUUCAAAACUCCAGACUCUCUGUCCGAAGCCACUGAGAUGGAGUACCUGAGGAAGGUGCUGUUUGAGUACAUGAUGGGAAGGGAGACAAAAACGAUGGCCAAAGUGAUUACCUCCAUGCUCAAGUUUCCCCCAGACCAAGCGCAAAAGGUUUUGGACAAAGAAGACUCAAAAACAAUUCCGUGGUUACGAUGAGUGUCCCGGUGAUUCGGUUACUUCUGUAUGAAGAUGAUCUGCUGCUGCUGCUGCUACUGCUGCUGAAGGGGAAGACUGCCAUGGACUCUAUCGAACCCUUUUCUUUGCAUUUCCUGUCAGUUUAUAAGUAUUCCUGUGUGUGGGCAUUUGAAUCGUGUGUGUGAGUGAGUGUGUGUGUCUAAAGGUAUGAGGGAAUAAGAGAAACACAAAUCUUCCAUAAUACUACUUUUAUUUUGAGAUUAAGUUUGUUAAUUUAUAAGUUUUAGAUGAAAAUACGCGGUUUUCCUUUUUAUGGUUUUCCUUUUAGAAUGUGUUUAUACAGAUUGGCUUGUGCAAUAAAUGAUAAUCUUAUUACGUGUGGAGGCUGACAGUCAGCUGAUUUGUAUGUUUUUUUGUUUUGCGUUGUCGCCUGAAUCCCUCCCUCUGUAAACAGCCCUUUAACUGUGCUCAGCACCAUGUUAAGAUAUCGUCCUCCGGACCUCGUCUGUUAAACACAGCUUUUUUUUUAAGCUUUAUAUUUUCACACGAAUACUGACAGAGACCCCUAAACACAAAACUGUAAGCUGUAUUAAGAUCAUUAAAACUGUAUUAUAGGGCACUAUAUCACUUGCUAUACAUUUCCAGACUAACAAAUUAAAUGUUAUUUACACAACGCCUGUUGUCGCUUCUUCCAUUAUUGAUCGUCUACU